AUGCCGAAAUUCGCAGCAGCUGCGCAUAAUAAAAGGUAUUGGACUCACCUUAAAUUCACGGCGCCUCCAUGUGUUAACAGGUGGGCUUCGCAACAAGUCUGUCCUCCUACAGGUCGGGGGCGUGCGUCGACGGCGGCGGUCCGGCGGCGACACGCGGAUACAGCACGAGGGACGCACGCGCGCGGCUUCUACUCCCCCCAUCGAUUUUCGAUGUACGCUGCCUAA